CUAUAUAUCAUCCCGGUGUUUUAUUUUGAAGGGCCUGCAUUUUUUUAUUAUUGAUUUUGAGAAUUCCCUAAUUUACUUAUAUUUUUGCAAAAUUUUAAAUUGUUUUGUGCUGCUUACCAAGAUGAGCAACUACCGUGGCAUGGGAGGUGGAGGAUACCCGUAUCGUAAGCCAAAGACAUCUAGCCCAGGCAACAAUAUGAAUGCAGUCCCGCCGCCACCGAUGUUAAGCGGUGGCUACCGUGGGGGUGGAGGAGGAGCAGGAGGAAGGUCUGCAGCAGGCAGAGGAGGUAGCGGCCCUACUGCCGGCACAUCCAAGUAUGGCUAUUCCACACUGGACUCCAUUAGCCAAUACACAAAUUCAACGAAUUUUGUGGGAAAACGCAAGCAGCAUACGGAUGAUGACUAUUUCGAUGAUGACGAUGAGCCAGUACAGCAACAUCCAAGCAGGCAGCCUCAGCAUGAGGAGCUGGCCUAUAUACCAGCGCCUGGAUCACCAGGAUCACCACCAUCUCGGCUAAACCACAAAGACGAUGAUGAUGAUGAUGAUGAUGAUAAUAAUAGGAAUAGGCAUAAUAAUGAUGAUGACGACGAUGACGAGGAUCCGCUAGAACAAUUCAUGGCGGGAAUUCAACAGCAAGUGGAAAAGGAGAAGAAGCAACAGGAGCAACCACAGCAGCUCCAAAAGCAAUCGACCACAAAGCGCACCGACAUUGACGAUGAGGAUGAUGAGGAGAGCUAUUAUCGCUACAUGGAGGCGAAUCCCCUUAAAUCGGCAGCAAACGAUGAUGGCUCCGAUCAGGAAUUGGAAUACGAUGAGGAUGGAAAUCCUAUAGCGCCACCCAAAAAAAAGGAUAUCGAUCCAUUGCCCAUGAUAUAUCACUCGGAAAUCGAAUAUGAACCAUUUGAGAAAAACUUCUAUGUGGAGCAUGAAGAGAUCUCUGCUCUUAGCGACGAGCAGGUGAGGGAUUUAAGGAACACGCUGGGAGUCAAAGUAUCCGGACCGUCGCCCCCCAAACCGGUGACCUCGUUUGGCCAUUUCGGUUUCGAUGAUCAGCUGAUCAAGGCGGUGCGCAAAGCAGAAUACACUCAACCCACCUCCAUUCAAGCGCAGGCCGUGCCCUGCGCUUUGGCCGGCAGAGAUAUCAUUGGAAUAGCCAAGACGGGAUCAGGCAAAACGGCAGCCUUUAUCUGGCCACUGUUAAUGCAUCUGAUGGAUCAGCGAGAGCUGAAAGCAGGCGAAGGACCUAUCGGCCUGAUCCUAGCACCCACGCGCGAGCUUUCCCUACAAAUCUACAACGAGGCGAAACGUUUUGGAAAGGUCUAUAAUCUUCGGGUGGUUUGCUGUUACGGCGGCGGAUCCAAAUGGGAGCAGAGCAAGGCUCUGGAGCAGGGCGCUGAGAUCAUAGUGGCCACACCGGGUCGGAUGAUCGAUAUGGUCAAGAUGAAGGCUACAAAUUUGAGACGAGUUACUUUCCUAGUCCUGGACGAGGCGGAUCGAAUGUUUCACAUGGGUUUCGAGCCCCAAGUGCGUUCCAUUUGCCAGCAUGUUCGGCCGGAUCGUCAAACGCUGCUUUUUUCGGCCACCUUUAAGCGGCGCAUUGAACGCCUGGCUCGUGACGUACUAACCGAUCCCAUACGAAUCGUUCAGGGUGAACUCAACGAGGCCAAUCAAGAUGUUACUCAAGCGGUUUAUGUUCUUCCCAAUCCCCAGCAGAAAUGGAACUGGCUACUCUGUCAUUUGGUUAAAUUCCUCGCGGAGGGCAGUUGCCUCAUUUUUGUGACCAAGAAAGCCGAUGCCGAAACAGUGGCCCAUCAGCUGUUGGUUAAGGAAUUCAAUUGCCUCCUGCUGCACGGUGACAUGGAUCAGGCGGAUAGGAAUAAGGUGAUUAUGCAAUUCAAACGAAAAGAAUGCGACAUUUUAAUAGCCACCGAUGUGGCUGCCAGAGGAUUGGAUAUACCACAUAUACGAAACGUGGUCAAUUAUGAUAUAGCCCGAGACAUUGAUACCCACACUCAUCGCAUUGGACGCACGGGUCGUGCUGGUGAGAAGGGCAAUGCUCAUACAUUGGUAACUGAGAAGGAUAAGGAAUUCGCCGGUCACUUGGUACGCAAUCUCGAGGGAGCGGAUCAGCCAGUGCCCAGCGAUUUACUCGAAUUGGCAAUGAAAUCCUCAUGGUUUAGGAGUUCACGCUUUAAACAGGGUAAGGGCAAAAAAGUAACGCCAACUCACGUGGGCUUGGGUUAUCGGGAGCGUGGUGGAGGCAAUCCUUCCAAUCCAUUCGCCUCUGCCCCCCCAUCAUCGUCGUCAUCAUCAUCAUUAUCAGCAUCGUCAUCAUCAUUGGGCACGACCUCACCUUCCUCUUCGGGUGCUAUCAGCAAAUCAGGUGGACCAGCUACAGAUCGAUAUUCCGCAAUGCGGGAAGCCUUCCGUUCCCAAUAUACCAACCAGUUUCGUGCCUCCAGCGAUCGGACUUGGGAGCAAACUUUGCCAGAAACGGGGGCCUUUGUUGCUCCUCUGCCCCCACCGCCGCCACCAUCAUCGUUAUCAUCAUCGUCACCUCCGUCGGCUGGAAAUCAGUGCUCAUCGUCAUCAACAUCUUCGCAGGAUUCAAAGCGUGCCAAGAAAAGUCGUUGGAAUUAAAUUUCAUUAAACUAACUCCGAACUAAACAUUUUUCAAUUUAUUUUUUCCACUCUGUAUUCAAUUUUAAAAUCAAUUUUAAGUCUACAAGAAAUACCUAUACUUUCGCAAUAA